AUGAUCCCAUGUUCGGCCAACCGCCAGGUCUACGACUUUCUCGAGGGCCGAAGCACGGCCGGACGGCGCUACCAGCGCGUCACCGUAGUCCUCAUCGGACUGAACGUGCUCACGUUCGUUCUCUCGACCGUCUUCCACCCGAAGUACAACCCUGACGGCCCGUACCAGCUCUGCGCGGCGGACCGCUGUCGAGGCCUCGACCGGUGGUUCUUUGGCAACGACGACGACAACGGCCUCCUCGGCACCUCCGUGUUUGAGAUCCUGACCGUCGCAGUCUUCACCGUCGACUACUUUGCGCGGCUGGCCACUGCGCCGGAGGCCGACGCCGCCUACGCCGGCGCGUGCGGUCGCCUCCGCUUCGCCGUCUCCUUCUACGCUCUUGUCGACCUCGUCUCGACUCUGCCCUUCUACCUCGACUUCUUCAUCGAGGGGAACCUGCCCGCCUCGCAGGCGAUCCGGAUGCUGCGCCUCGCGCGCAUGAUGAGGCUGGAGGGGCGGUACGUCGAGUCCUUCACGCUGCUCGACGAGCUUCACGAGGAGCUCUCCCGCGGCGGGCUACUGCGGACGGCCGCCUUUGUGGGGACGGUCAUCUGGACCAUCUGCUCGUCCCUCUACUACCUCGCCGAGCGGCGCAACCCGAAGAUGAUCUACUGCGCCGCCUGCCCCGACGUCGACACUGGCGCGUGCUCCUUCGACGAGUGGGGGCUGGUGGACUGCUCCGAGGCCGGCUGCGCGGCCAAGGAAGGGGAUGAGGGCGGACCGCCCUGUUCGAGCCUGUUCGAGUCGAUCCCGUCCGCCCUCUUCCUCACCCUCCUCAACCUCUUCGGCGAGUUCCCGCUCGUACAGCAGCACUCGCCCGCCGGCAAGCUCCUCGCCACGCUCGUCGCCCUCGUCGCCGUAGCCUUCUUCGCGAUCCCCGCCUCUAUCGUCGGCAACGGCUUCCAGGUGGUGCUCGAGAAGCGGAAGGCAGCGGACGGCGAGACGGGCGUCCGUGCGAGCAUCGACAACCUGACGCACCUCGCGGAGAACGAGCGCGCCUCGGUGCGGCACUUGGAGAGCAGGCACCUCGUCACGGAGCGCGAUCGCUUCCUCGACGAGCGGCACCUGCACAUGGACGUGCAUGCGCCGCCGCCUCGCGCAGAGGUGGGCGUGGCGCGCGCCUUCGCGGCGCAGCUCGGCGAGGCGCUGCCGCUGCUCUCGGUGGCGGGCUUCGGCGCGCUUCUCGUCUGGGUCGCCUUCGCCACGGGGAUGUACUUUGCGGAGCGCGGCUCGCUGGACGCGGAGAUGGCCGGCAGCUACAAGACCAUCCCCGACGCGAUGUGGCUCACGCUGCUCAACCUGUCGGGCGAAUCGCCGCUCUGCCACUACUCGACCGCCGGCAAGCUCCUCGCCGCCCUCAUGGCGAUCCUCGUCGAGGGGCGCACCAAGGACGCGAGUGCGGCGGCGGCCGACGCGACACCGCUCGACGCGCCGCCGCCGCUCUACGCCGCCAUCCACGCCGCCCUCUCGAGCGGCGCGGCGCUGCGAGUCAUCUUUGGCGUCAUCUUUCUCUCGGUCGGCCUCGCCAUCCUCGAGACGCUGCCGGAGUACGAGUGCGACGGCGCGGCGGCGGCGACGACGGAGUGCUCGCUCUUUGCGGCGGCCGAGUGGGCUUCGGUCCUGCUCUUCACCGUCGAGUACCUGCUGCGGCUGCUCAGUGCUCCCGCCGACCCCGACCUCGGCGGCGGCGGCCGGGCGCGGCUCCGCUUCGUCUUCUCCUUCUACUCGGCGGUCGAUCUCCUCGCCGUGAUCCCCUUCUACAUCGCGCAGGCGGCGCCGGGCGGCUGGGUGGACGAGCACGACGCCUACUUCCGGAUGCUGCGGCUGCUGCGGCUGCUCAAGCUCGACAAGUACGUGCCCUCGAUCACCCUCAUCGACGACGUGGUCCGGCUCAAGCGGCAGCCCCUCCUGCUCGCCGCCGGCGCCUCCCUCGCGCUGUGGCUGCUCUUUUCGUCGCUGCUCUGGCUGUGCGAGCACGCCGACACGGCGAACGAGCUCGACGACCCCCUACCCUCGUACGGCUGCAUCGAGGAUUGCACGAUGGCGGACCGGCUCGAUUGGGGCGGCGGCGUUUCUACAGGCGACUACCCGAUCGUGACUUACUCCGCCGCCGGCCGCGUCACCUGCUUCCUCAUGGUCGUGGCCGCCGUCGGAGUCGUGUCGACGGGCGAGUCGGGCGACGGCUACUUUGAGACGGCGUACGCGGCCUUGGAGGGCUUGCCGCCGCCGCGCUCUCGCUGGGGGCCAAAGGUGGACGCGCUGCAGGAGCAGGUCAACACUUUCCUCAACGGAGACGGCUCGUUGCGUCGCAGCGCAGCGUCGGGCGCCUUCCGCAGCGGUAUCCUCGUCCUGCACCCCUGA